GCAAUAGCGACACUAUUGUUUAUACAUAAGUGUUUAUUCCGCUUGCUCUUGGUUUUCUCGGAUAUUAAUUCUUAUAAAAUAUUAAGAUAUCAUUGAGUUAAUAAAUUAAAAUGAUUAAAUCUGCUUUACGUAUAACGAAAUUCCCCGUAUUAAUGGGAAGCGUGUCAAUUGACGGUCGAUUAACCUCGUUGUUAGCCCAUUUAAAUAUUAUAACCUCGAGAAACAUUUGCACUACCACAUUACUUUCCAAGGAGAUUCGUUUUCAAAACGAAAAAGUGAAAGUUGGCAGAGGUUCAAAAUAUGGAUUAGUAGAAGGAGAAACUACAAUCGAAACAUUGAAUGUUAAUCAACAGGAACAUCUAUUUCCUGAUGCAGAUACACCAAAUCGACUCUUUAAUGGUGUACCAUUUAAAGAAUUGCAUAUUAUUAAUAUAAAAUCAACUCCUAAUAAUACAAUUUUGAACUUUACUGACGCUAAUGGUAAAGUAAUAUUGGUACAUUCAGCUGGUAUAGAAGGUUUUAAGAAUGCUAAAAAAGGAACAAAUAUUGCUGGUCAACAAACAGCUAUAACACUUGGUAAUCGUAUUCAUGAGUAUGGUAUAAAUACGGUGAGAAUACGGGUACAAGGUAUUGGACCAGGUAGAAUGUCUUCUAUAAAAGGUCUUCAAAUGUCAGGGUUAAACAUUAUAUCAAUUACGGAUGCUACUAGAGUAAGUUGGUGUCCACCCAGACCACGAAAACAAAGAAGAGUGUGAUUAUUAUAUGUUAUAAUUUAUUAUUAAUAAUGAAUAUAUUAUUGGAUAUGUAUUAAUAGAUCUUAUAAAAAUUCCACAAGAUACAUUUUA